AUGGAAAAAAGCGAUUCGAUUCCUCAUACCUAUAAGCCGAGACGAUUUCAUUGGUAUAUUCGUCCAAAGGAUCGAGAUAUCCUCAAUGAGAAAAAUAAUCUAUCUACUGCAUCGGAUCCCAAUCAGCAGCUUCUUUCAUGCAACAAUAAACCCGACUCCCACUCUACAGCCAGGUAUCGCUUUUGUCGUGGUGGUGUGUCGGCUAAAUAUCUUUCGAAUAUGAUAACAAUAGCGUUAAUACAAGAGAUUAGUGUAGGUCUGAUAUUGGCAACAGCGUCGCCGAACUGGUUUCGUGAACCACGCUUCGUGAUUUUGACGGCAUGUCGUGUUGCUCAGCUUCUGCCGUGUUUUCUGGCAUUGGCAGGAAAUUAUACAAAUAACGCAACUCUAUUAGUACCGUUCAUGCUUUCACAGAUUUCUCUUGGUAGCUAUGCUGAUUUAUCAACAUACAUGCUACUGAUCCAGAAUUUCCGAUCCACAUAUCCGGAUUUCUGGAUUUUUGUCAGCCCAAUGUUAUAUGUCGUGUUGCCAAUAUUCAUUUAUGCCAUAUUGCUGUUGUUGUGCAUAUACAUCACCAACAAAUCAAUCAAAUUUGUCACAAUGAAACGAUUAGUGUCAAAGAUUUGGUCACCUUCUCGCCUUUUGCUGCCUUACAUCCAAUCAAAUGACAGUCAAGAAACGACACGAGAGCUAAAAGUUUCGGUAUAA